UGCACUUUCCAGAGAAGCCCACGGCAGAUGCUUAUCCAAACUGCGCUCCCUUGCAGGCACGCAGGGCAGGUGCAGAAUGCGCCCCAGCCAUUCCUCUGCUGGGCGGCCUGCCCUGCCCAUCCUCUCACAUACUUUCCCUUUGUGGGACCCGGAUGUUGAGAAGGAGAACCUUCCUCCUUUCCUCCGCCAUCGUGGUGAGCGUCCCUGACUCUUCCUCGCCAUGUCUUCUCCCAAGAGCUUCAGAAUCAAGAGAUUCCUGGCCAAAAAAACAAACAAAAAAACCCGCCCCAUUCCACAAUGGAUUUGGAUGAAAACUGGUAAUAAAAUCAGGUAUAACUCCAAGAGGAGACAUUGGAGAAGAACCAAGCUGGCUCUACGGGGAACGGCACAUGAAUGGCUGGCACACAUAUUUCUGCUGUCUCGAUUGUCACCAUCAUCUGUAUAGCUGGACGUGUCUGAUUAGGGCUGUGACCAGUGGGCUGGUUCAGUAGUAAAUAUGUGAGACCUCUAGAAAAAAGAAAACAAAAGGAGAACAUGUGUUCUAUCCAGAACAGUUCUGAAAAGCAGAGAGGGACUUUCUCAUCUGAAACUGUGGUUGGCUGGGAAGAAGCUCACUUGAUCAGAGAGCAGCAGGCUCCCUGGGGGAAGUUUGUCACCAAAGUAAAAGCAGCUGCAUUUCUCCCUUCACUCGUUUCUUCUGUUAAGCGUUUUUCUUUUUUAUCAAUGAGUGUUUAUUGGCGUCUGCUUUGAAUUCGCUUCUGUGCUACAGACUUCAGGUAGGAGACAGAACAAGUG